AAUUGUGGAGUCAAAGCGUUUUUUCGAUGGAUCCGCCGUCUCGAAAUCCACUCAGAAGAUCUCUUGUAAAUCUGGGUGGAAAGAUUCAGCGAGAAUUCAGAGAAAAGUUGUCUGGAACAAAAGAAAAAACAAUUGAUUUUUGAUUUGAUUUCGAAGCUUGGUCGGGUUGGGAAUUUUGGGGCUUCAUUGAAAAUCGGAUAUUCCCCGAAAAUUAAGAUUCAUGAACUCGAAAUUCUGCCUUAAUCCGUUAUGGCAAGGGCUAGGAGACUUAGCAUUUUAUUGAUGCUUAUUUCUUUGGCACUUGCAUCUAAGGGCGGUGAUGAUUUUUCCCGCUGUGAAAAUAUAGUUAGGAAGUGGGCUGAAUCUUCAGCUGACAAUGGAAUCAAGGCAGACAAGCUGACUCUAAAGGAUUUGUUAUUUUUCUUACAUGUUCCUAGAACUGGAGGGAGAACUUAUUACUACUGUUUCUUGAAAAAACUGUAUGCGAACACCGACGAGUGCCCCCGUUCAUAUGACAAAUUACGUUUUGAUCCAAGGGAACCCAAAUGUAGAUUGCUUGUUACUCAUGAUGACUAUAGUUUGAUGUCAAAGCUUCCUAAAGAUAAAACUUCAGUUGUAACAAUAUUAAGAAAUCCAAUUGAUCGAGUUUUUAGUACGUAUGAGUUUGCAGUGGAAGUUGCAGCUAGGUUUCUUGUUCAUCCAAAUUUAACUUCGGUGAUGCAAAUGACUAGAAAAAUGAUAUCCAGAUCUCGUGGAGUAAGUACCUUGGAUAUAUGGCCAUGGAAGUACUUAGUUCCUUGGAUGAGAGAAGACCUAUUUUUUCGGAGAGAUGCUCGGAAACAUGCUAAAGUUAGAAGUAUCGAAGGCAUGCGAAAUCCGUAUGACAUAAGUGAGGUGGUUAUGCCUUUACAUGCUUUUGUUGAUGACCCCAUGGCACAUGAAAUUAUUCAUAAUGGAGCCACCUUUCAGUUAGCUGGUUUAACGAACAAUUCCUUUCUUGCCGAAUCUCCUCAAAUACGUCGCUGUGUCAGGAGGCACCCAAACCUUGGUCACUAUGUUUUAGAAGUAGCGAAGGGUAGAUUGGAGAAUAUGUUGUAUAUUGGUCUCACCGAAGAUCAUAAAGAGUCGGCAACAAUCUUUGCCAAUAUGGUUGGUUCACAAGUACUUUCUCAAUCGGAAGCGCUAAGCUCUCUUGGCGAAGAAGUGGCAUCUAAUGGAACAGAAAUGGGUCUUUUCAAGAAUCUGAAGAAGGUGGGGAAAAUCAGGACCAGUACAGGAGUGAAAAAAGUUGGAGAAGACGCUCCGCCAUCACCAUCUGAAACGACGGAUAAGAAUAUGACUGUUGAAAAACUGAUGGAGGCCUACGAAACGUGCACAUCUAGUUUGCGAAAAUCCCAAUCAAAGCGUCGGACAUUGUCACUAAGACAGAUCUUUCCUGCUAACUUUUCAAAAAAGGCUCGCCUUCAUGUUCCUCAAACAGUAAUUCAGAAAAUAUUAUUGAUGAACAGCCUUGAUGUGGAAUUGUAUAAACAUGCACAGAAACUCUUUGAGGAGCAGUCAAAGCACCUCAUGCAAAUUAACCACCCAAAAUCUGAAUCACAACUUGCGUAUCUUCCAUCUCAAAUG